GGCGGGCGGCGGUGACGCGCUCAGUCGCGCGGAGCCGGGCCGGGAGCGCGGACGGCGACGGCGGCAGGAUGAACAGCAUCAAGAGCGUGCCGGCGCGGGUGCUGAGCCGCAGGCCGGGCCACAGCCUGGAGGCCGAGCGCGAGCAGUUCGACAAGACCCAGGCCAUCAGCAUCAGCAAAGCCAUCAACACCCAGGAGGCCCCCGUGAAGGAGAAGCAUGCGCGGCGCAUCAUUCUAGGCACUCACCAUGAGAAGGGGGCCUUCACCUUCUGGUCCUACGCCAUCGGCCUGCCCCUUCCCAGCAGCUCCAUCCUCAGCUGGAAGUUCUGCCACGUGCUGCACAAGGUCCUCCGAGACGGGCACCCGAAUGUGCUGCAUGACUGCCAGCGCCAUCGGAGCAACAUCCGGGAGAUCGGAGAUCUGUGGGGACAUUUGCAUGACCGCUACGGACAGCUGGUGAAUGUGUACACCAAACUCUUGCUGACCAAAAUCUCCUUCCACCUCAAGCACCCUCAGUUUCCUGCGGGCCUAGAGGUGACAGACGAAGUGUUGGAGAAGACUGCUGGGACUGACGUCAACAACAUCUUCCAGCUCACUGUGGAGAUGUUUGAUUACAUGGACUGUGAGCUGAGGCUUUCCGAAUCAGUUUUCCGGCAGCUCAACACAGCCAUCGCUGUGUCCCAGAUGUCCUCAGGCCAGUGCCGCCUGGCCCCCCUCAUCCAGGUCAUCCAGGACUGCAGCCACCUCUACCACUACACAGUCAAGCUCAUGUUCAAGCUGCACGCCUGUCUCCCAGCUGACACCCUGCAAGGCCACAGGGACCGGUUCCAUGAGCAGUUUCACAGGUACGGCUCGGGCAGGGAGGAGGCCGCGAGCACCUCCCACUCAUUGCCCCUCCCCCAGGGGCCUCCCAACUUCCUGCGGGCCUCGGCACUGGCCGAGCACAUCAAGCCUGUGGUGGUGAUUCCCGAGGAGGCCCCUGAGGAUGAGGAGCCCGAGAACCUCAUCGAGAUCAGCACGGGGCCCCCAGCUGGGGAGCCGGCGGUGGUGGCUGACCUCUUUGAGCAGACGUUCGGACCCCCCAAUGGCUCCUUGAAGGAUGACAGGGACGUGCAGAUCGAGGCCCUGCAGAGGGAGGUGGAGGCGCUCCGUGCGGAGCUGGAGAAGAUCAAGCUGGAGGCCCAGCGCUACGUGUCGCAGCUGAAGGGCCAGGUGAACGCGCUGGAGGCCGAGCUGGAGGAGCAGCGCAAGCAGAAGCAGAAGGCGCUGGUGGACAACGAGCAGCUGCGCCACGAGCUGGCCCAGCUGCGGGCGGCGCAGCGCGAGGGCGAGCGGAACCAGGGCCUGCGCGAAGAGGCCGAGAGGAGGGCCAGCGCCACCGAGGCGCGCUACCAGAAGCUCAAGGAGAAGCACAGCGAGCUCAUCAGCACGCACGCCGAGCUGCUCAGGAAGAACGCGGACACGGCCAAGCAGCUGACGGUGACGCAGCAGAGCCAGGAGGAGGUGGCGCGGGUGAAGGAGCAGCUGGCCUUCCAGAUGGAGCAAGUGAGACGGGAGUCCGAGCUGAAGCUGGAGGAGCAGACUGACCUGCUAGAGAAGCUCAGGAGGGAGCUGGAGGCCAAGGCAGGGGAGCUGGUGCGCACCCAGGAGGCCCUGAGCCGCACGGAGCAGAGUGGCUCGGAGCUGAGCUCGAGGCUGGACGCACUGAAUGCCGAGAAGGCCGAGCUGAGCAGCGAGGUGCAGCGUCAGGAGGCAGACCUUCGGGCGGCCCAGGGCCUGGUGCGAGAGAAGGAGGAGGCGCUGAGCCGGGAGCAGCAGCGCGGCUCUCGGGAGACAGCUGAGCUGCAGAGGCGGCUGGCAGACAAGGAGUCUCAGGAGCAGGAGCUGCAGCAGAGGCUCGUGGACGAGCAGUUUGCGGUGCUCCGGGCCACCGCCACCGAGGCCGAGCGCAUCCUGCAGGACGCCGUGGCCAAGCUGGAUGACCCCCUGCACCUGCGCUGCACCAGCUCCCCAGACUACUUGGCAAGCAGGGCCCAGGCAGCCCUGGACGCCGUGAGCGCCCUGGAGAAGGGCCAUGCCCAGUACCUGGUGUCCAGGUCAGACGCCUCUGCGCUGGUGGCAGCCCUGACGCAGUUCUCCUACCUGGCCGCAGACACCAUCGUCCAUGGCGGUGCCACCUCCCACCUGGCACCCACCGACCCUGCCGACCGCCUGAUUGACACGUGCAGGGAGUGUGGGGCCCGGGCUCUGGAGCUCGCGGGGCGGCUGCAGCAGCAGCACACCCUGCAGCAGGCGCAGCCGGGCCUGGUACGGACCCCACUGCAGGGCAUCCUGCGGCUGGGCCAGGAGCUGAAGCCCAAGAGCCUGGAUGUGCGUCAGGAGGAACUUGGGGCCAUGGUGGACAAGGAGAUGGCGGCCACAUCCGCGGCCAUCGAAGAUGCUGUGCGGAGGAUCGAGGACAUGAUGAACCAGGCCCGCCAUGCCAGCUCUGGGGUGAAGCUAGAGGUGAACGAAAGGAUCCUCAAUUCCUGCACAGACCUGAUGAAGGCCAUCCGGCUCUUGGUGACAACGUCCACCAGCUUGCAGAUGGAAAUUGUGGAGGGCGGCAGGGGGGCAGCCACGCAGCAGGAAUUUUAUGCCAAGAACUCCAGGUGGACUGAAGGCCUCAUCUCUGCCUCCAAGGCCGUGGGCUGGGGAGCCACGCAGCUGGUGGAGUCGGCCGACAGAGUGGUGCUCCACACGGGCAAGUAUGAAGAGCUCAUCGUCUGUUCGCAUGAGAUCGCAGCCAGCACGGCCCAGCUGGUGGCAGCGUCCAAGGUGAAGGCAGACAAACACAGCCCGCACCUGAGCCGCCUGCAGGAGUGCUCCCGCACCGUCAACGAGAUGGCGGCCAACGUGGUGGCCUCCACAAAGUCAGGCCAGGAGCAAAUCGAAGAAAGAGACACCAUGGAUUUCUCCGGCCUGUCCCUCAUCAAGCUGAAGAAGCAGGAGAUGGAGACCCAGGUUCGCGUCCUGGAGCUGGAGAAGACGCUGGAGGCGGAGCGCGUGCGGCUGGGAGAGCUGCGCAAGCAGCAUUACGUGCUGGCUGGCGGCGUGGGGGUGCCGAGCGAGGAGGAGCACAGCCGACCCAGUGCUGCCCCCCGCAGCGGGACCACCAAGAAGCCGCCCCUGGCCCAGAAGCCCAGUGUGGCCCCCAGGCAGGACCAGCAGCUGGACAGAAAGGACGGAGUCUACCCGGCUCAGCUUGUGAACUACUAGGCUCCCGAGGGGCCAGUGGGCGGGCCUGGGCCUGGGGCGGCUGCUGGAGCCUCCGAGCGGCGCAGGCUUUCACCCCACCGCCCGGACCAGUGUCCCCGAGGUCCCCAGCCCUCACCGAACCCAAAGGAUCAUGGGCCGGUUCUCCAUCCACAACAGGCACUCGUGAGCGCAGCCAGGACCCAGCAGGCCUGAGCCACAAAGUGUUCAGGAAAUACAUGGAACAUGUGUAACAUUCGGAGCUCGAGCUUUCUUUUGGGUCUGUUCACCCUGAGCCGCAGGGCCGCACCAGAGGGAGUUUGGGCAGGACCUGCCCUGCUUUUUGAAUUCAAGGUCUGAGAUCCCUGCUGGCUGUUGGGGACACGGGCAAGACGUCCCCUAUUUGUUGCCUUCCCGGGUCACUGACUCCAUGGAGAUGGGGUGAGGGUGGCCUCCAGCAAAGCGACUGCUCUAGAGUGGCCUAGUAUUGCCUGUUCUCCUUGGGCCUCACUCCACGGGCCUCGGGGAUGGGCAUGUGGAGGACGACACUCCUUGAGGGAGAUGUGGGCCAGGCACUGCCACCAAGCCCCGUGAGCACAGGUGCUGUGCUGUCACUCCAGGGGUCUGUUCUGCCGCGACCUGGGCUGACCCUCCUGUGUCUCAGGCCCCCGAUCUGGCUGCUCCUGCCCUGGAGGCCCGUUCUGCCUGUUUCCCAUUGCACCCCCCCCCACUCCCCCCUGCCCUCCACCUCCCUCCCCACUAGUUGAUGGCCAGCCCUCCUGAAGGCCCCCCCAGCUCAGCCACAAAAAGCCCAAGAACUAGGUCGCCUGCUUGCCAUCCCCCAGGUCAAGGGCACCUUGUGCCCCACAGGAAGGGGCCUCCCGCAGCCUGGCAACAGCCCCACCCCAUCAGGAGGAAGAAAUUAGAGAGACAGACACAGACACAGACAGACACACGCGCAUGCACCCUCCCCGCCCCCCGCCAGCAGGUUGGUCCAGCACCAGCCACGGUCUGGAGGGGAGCAAGGGAGCAAGCUCUUCUGCUUUGCUUUUAAUCUUUCCUUGUGUUGAAGUCAGACUGGCAAUAAAAUGCACUUGGACUGUCA